AUGCUCCUAGAGUCUAGACAAUGUGGGCUACAGGUGGAAGUGAAGUGGUCAGAGGAAGAGGAGUCGGAGUACGGGAAUUGGCGAAGAAGAGGACGACUUGGAGAAGCAGGAAGCUCAAAAGAAGGAGUCAUGGAGGUUGGUCAUGCGAAGCCUGCCGACAUUGUACCGCCUAGUCCAACUGCGUCAGGUGAACUGUCCAGUGAGCCUUCGCCGUCUGUUAAGGGGAUGGGGGAGGCCUCCCCUGAUUCUGCAGUAACAGAAUUGAAGUCGAGAAUGAAGCGGCAAGAGCGGAAGCAUCUUGAGGCGCUCAAAAAGUUGGACGAGCAGUGGCGCGCCCAAGCGGAGCGCCGCGCGCAGGAGCAGAGCGCGGCCUUUGAGCAGGUCGUGAAACGCGCAGAGGAAGUGGUAAGUCAGGCUCAGGCUCGCGCAAGAGCAAAAGAAGCGUCGAUGGCUGCAGAGAUCAAGUCUCUGCAAGAGAUGCUGGCCGGGGGGCCGGAGACACCCAGGAACUCGGACCCCCAUGCGCGGGGGAAUCCGUUGUUUCGUCGGACGUCCGAGAGUCCGCCUGAGGGGGGUGCGGUGGAUGCUUCCGAGGGGGGUGGUGCGAAAAAGGAGGAUGAGGGGGGGGUGAAACUAGAGGCGCAAGUUCCGGAGCACGUGCCGUUUUCAGAUGUCCGAGAGCGGCUCAAUUCGGCAGAGUCGAGGACUUUGGAACUGGCCGCGAAACUUGCGGAUGCAGAGAGCCUUGCGGGUGUGCUGAGAGGCAAGGCGGAUGAGGGGGAACGGAAGGCGAAAGUGGCGGAAGAGAGGGUUGAGGGUUUGCAUAAGGAGCUGCAUCUGGCUGGAGAGAAGUUGCAGGCCUCGGAGGAGAAAGCCAAAACUUUGGAGAAGGAGGCAACAGCGGCGAAAGGGGCGCAGAGUAAACUUGUGGAAGUGGACAAGAAGCUUGGGGUGAGUGAAGGGAAGGUCAAAGACCUCGAGGCGAAGCUAAAGAAAGCAGAGGGGGAUGCAAAGAGGGCAGAGGCGGCCGAAAAGAAAGCGAAGACUGCGGAUGAGAAGGUGGGCAGUCUGGAGAAAGAGAAGAAGUCGCAGGAAGAGAGCCUGAAGGCGAAAGAUCAGAAGGUAGCGGCGCUCGAGAAGGACUUGGCUGCAGUCAAAGCGAAGCUUAAGGACGCCGAGGGGAAGGGUAAACAGUUGGAGGGUCUGAAAGCACUGGAAGGAAAGGCACUGGCGUUGGAAAAGGAGCUUGCGGGGGCAAAGGAGAAGGCGAAAGUUGCGGAGGAGAAGGAGAAGAAACUAGAAGGAAGGGUGAAGGCCCUUGAGGGGGAGCUUGCGAGCGGAAAGGGAAAGAUUACCGCUGCCGAGGAGAAGGAGAAGAAACUAGAGGGGAGGGUAAAGUCGCUCGAGGGGGAGGCGAGGGAAGCCAAGGAGGUAGUGAAGAAGGCAGAGUCAGAGGCUGCGCAGACAAAGACUGAGCUGAAGGAGGCUCACCAGACAUUGCAAAGCAAGAACGGAACUGAUGCGGAGUCGCUGAAAAGCGAACUGAAAGCGGCAGUUGAGAAGGUGCGGGUUCUGGAGGGCAAGCUGUCGGCGGCUGAAAAGGAGUCGGCCGAGCUUCGGACACAGUUGGCCGCUUCCGAAAAGGGCACGGCCAACGGGUCCGCGCCGUCCGAGCUUGAGACUGUUCAACAGCAGGUGGACGCUGCGAAAGAGCGGAACACAGCUCUGCAGAAGAGUCUUGACGAUGCGCACGGGAGCGUAGAAGCGCUGAAGAAAGAGUUGGGGGCUGAAAGGGAGCGGGUUAAGGUCAUGGAAACCAGGGUUAAGGAUGGAGAGGGGGCGGGGUUGAGGUUGAAAGAAGCGGAGAGGCAGCUGGCAGAAAGUAAGGAGCGGGCCGUGAAGACCACUGAGGAAGUUACGAAGCUGAGGCAAUGGUCAGAGAACAUUGAGGCGAGCCUGGAGGCCCUUCAGCGGGAGAAGAUGGAGCAAGAAACCCAACUGUCCGAGGCGCUGCGCGACUCGGAGCGCCUGCGGGUGGCCCUGACGGGGGAGCGCUCGGCGCUGGCGGCGCAGAGGAGCCAGCGGGAGUCUGACGUGGCAAUACUAGUUCGGCAGGUGGCGGGCCUGCAGCAGCAGCUGCAACACGCCGAGGACGUCAGGAACCAGGCGCUGAGGUCAGCAGAGGAGCAUGAACAGCGGGAGGAGCAUGCCAGACGGGAGGUGGACGAUCUGAAGCAGCAGGUUGCCAGCCUGAUGAGCGCCAAAAAGUCGUUCCGGGAAGUGACACUCGAGGGGGAGAUUGCGCAGCUCAAGGGGCGCGCGGAGGACGCAGCGGUGUGGCGGUCGCGCCUGGCCGAGGCCGAGCGGCGCUUACAGGAUGCGGAAUACAGGGAACAGAAGCAUCUGUCUGCACUCGCUGCUGAGGAGGAGAAGGUUGCACGGGCACAGGCGACGAUCCAGGCGCUUGAGCAGCAGCGCGAGGCUUCCGAAAAGGGCGAAGGGGAGUUAGAGGCGACCAUCAUCGACGUCACGGAGCGUGUCCAAGCUGCAGAGGAGCAGGCGGCGGAGGCUGCUAAGAGAGCUGAAGAGCUCCAGGACGCUCUCCAAGCUUUGGACGCGCAGCUUGCUGCCAAGGAGACGCAGCUGACGACCAAGGAGGCGUCCCACAAGGAGGCGUCGAGGGCGCUCAAGAAGGCAAUUGACGAGCACGCUCGGGUGGCCUCUCAGCUGGAGGAAGUCACGGAGAAGCUCCGCGCCGCCACCGAGGCUGCAUCCGGCGACCACUCCGAGAAACCAGGAAACAUGUCCGAAACCUCGUCCGCUUCGACCGUCCAAUCCCUCAAAUCCGCAAACCCCUCCAAGGGCAGUCCCAAGCUCCGUAAGCGGAGCCAGCAGGGGAAGGACAAGAAAACCAGGGCGGGGGCGGAAAUCGACGACUGGGAACUUUUGGCGCUGGCGCAGAAGGAAAACCGGAAGGGCGAGGCGCACGCGCUGCAGCGCGUCGUGCUGUGCGGGGCGCUCUCGUGCGCGAGCUUUGCGGUUGGGGUGGCUGCCACGUGUCAGCUGGGGAUGUGUUCCUGGAUGCCCCUGUAAGCGAGUUGUUGUGUUGAUGCCUGCCACGUGUCAGCUGGGGACGUGUUCUUGGGUAGCCAGUAAGCGAGUUGACGUGUUGCGUGUUGCUGCGUUGCCCUGGACAGGUUUAGAAGGUACUUGAGAAGAGGACUUGAAAAGACGGUCAUUGACCUGUACGAGGCUGGAGAGUAAUCACAUUAUUCCGUUCGUGUGCCUCCUCCAUUGCAUUGUGGCAAGAUUCGGUAUGACUGGUAAAUCGCAUAUUGUCCUUCAAGCAUGGCGUGCAAGGAGUUGUCC